AUGGCACCCAGAGGUGUCUUGUCUUGUUCAUCACCCUCUCUGUUAUCCGUUGCCUCAUCCACCGCCAAAUCUGCAAAAAAGAAUGUCGCGUCGGUUAAGAAAGUCGCCACAGCUGUUGUCCGCCUGUUCAAAAAGAGUUGCAAGUCCAAAGCAUCUGAUGCUUUGUCCAUCAGCGAUACUAACGAGGAUCUCAACUCAGAGCAUCCACCUUCGCUGAUAGAUGUUGACACAUCCCAGGACCAGCCCACAGACAAGCAAGAAGAGGGAGAAACUGAUGAACAGGAGCUUACAAGCCAACAAGUCAAGUGGUACUUACUCAUGAAUCUGGCAAUUAUGCUAUAG